CAUCACUACUGCCCUGGCCUGGGGGCUGCAACAUCGCAUGUUCUGCAUGUGCCCGCCCCACUUUGAACUCACUUCAGUUCAUCCACUUCUGUCCUGCGAUCAUUGUCCUCCAGGCAGCUUUCCGCGCGCAUAAGCAUCUCAUACUAUUCUUCUCCGUCUCACUAUUUCAUUAAUUCACAAAAUCACAAACCGUCUUAUAUUGCAAACAAAACAACCAUCAAGUCUUGCGAUUCAAAAAAUCCAGGAAAUUCCAACGCAGCUGGACAACCCGCAACUGGGACACACCAGCGUUGCAGGUUUGCAGCCUUGACUAUCUGCCAUACACCCUUUUCAUACCCGUUGGAGGGCAUCAUCACCGCGGCUGGCACCAGGGAAGCAGAAGCAGAAAAAAGAAACCAAAAUAAAAUAAACAAUGUCCAACAACAACCCUCACCUGACCGGGGCGGCAGGCCAGCCACCGCACCACUACUCGCCCACAUCCUCAUCGACCGCCGCUGACUCUGGCUACCACUCACUUUCAACGCCAGGCAACAACAACAACAACAUCAUCGGCGGCGGUGGCGGUGGCAGCAGCAGCAGCACAAGUGGUGCCGCUUCCUCGGGCAGCGGUGGGCCUUUUAAGCGCACGCCCCGCCAGCAGAGACCGCCGUCGCCGCGGCCGCAGAUGUAUGGCGCGGCCUCCUCGGCCGGAGUCUUCACGCGCGAGAUGCGGGACCGCCAAUCCCGCGGCAAGGACCCCUACGGCUCGGACGAGGACGGCGGUGGAAACUGCGGCCACUCCGACUUCUCUUCUGGCUCGCCUGGCAUGCUUGGCCAGCCUGGAUCGAGGAUAGGGUCCAGUCAAGGAGAGCCUCGUGAGGUUCUGGAGAAGCGCAUGCGCGCAAGGACCUUCCUCGACGAUCCCGAACUGUUGAUGAUUAGAUCACUAGAUACAGGCGAGAGCACCACAGCAGCGCGUUUGCACUUCAUGAGCCAGCUUUGUGGCUUGGACGCAGAGUCCAAAUACUCCAGAGCUGCCAACAACUCAAGAUCCAUCUACCAAGGCCACAGCAGUGGAGGCGCACGAUCUGGGCCCGGUACUUCUGGGAGGCCAAGUUGGGGCUACAAGUAAGUAUUCGGAUCGGGAUGAGGACUGGGGACUGGGGACGUGCAAUACUCAGGACCAGGUUAAGAACGAGCCACCUCCGUUCUGUUCUCCCCCUUGCUUUCCUCAACUGGAACGCAUAGCAGAGCUAAAAUGGAUGGGUUUAUUUGAUAUGAUAUGUCAAUACUACGGGUCAUGAUUCAAAGAAUAAUGAAUACUUGAAGUAACGAUGCUCUUUCAUAAGUCCUGUUUUUUUUCUUCUUUUUUUUUUUUGCCUAAU